CGCACCGCACCGCACCGCAUCGCUCUCUCAGGCCGAGCGCCAAGCGUAGCAGUCCCCGUCCGCAGUCCGCCUCAGCACCUCGACCGCCCGCAAUGCCCUUGGAUACUGCGGCCCCGCUGCCGUGCGCGUCGCUCUGACCGAACGGAUCUCCGCUCCGGGACUGUUGUGCGCACUGCCCUGAGUCAUAGGCGCUGCGGGAAGCGAAUGGGGAAGCUCCAAGGAUAACGGAGGGUGCGGGACUGUGCUACUGCGGAGGACCUGCCGGUAGUUCGCUGGCCGCGGGGCUGCAGCGUCUCCGCCGCUGUUCUGAUGAGCUGAAGCCGCCUUGCAUGGAUUCAUGAUGGCUACGUUUAUUUGCAGGGUGCAGUAUUUAGAUGACACUGAUCCUUUUAACAGUACCAAUUUCCCGGAGCCCACCAGACCCCCUCUGUACACGUUCAGGGAGGAUAUUCCUCUGAUCAAUCAGAUUGCGGGGGUCCACAGGCUGCUGAAGGCGCCACAGAAGCCUGACGACUGUGCCCUUCAACUGUCCCACAAUGGAAGCUACCUGGACUUGGAGUCUACGCUGGCCGAGCAGCGGGACGAGCUGGAGGGAUUUCAGGAGGAAGGAGGGAGAGGCAGGAAGCACAGCAUCAUCCUUCGCACCCAGCUGUCAGUCAGAGUUCACUCCUGCAUUGAAAAGCUCUACAACUCCACCGGACGCGAGCUCCGCAGGGCCCUCUUCUCCCUCAAGCAGAUCUUUCAGGACGACAAGGACCUGGUGCACGAGUUUGUGGUGGCGGAAGGACUGACGUGUUUGAUCAAAGUGGGAGCGGAAGCCGACCAGAACUACCAGAACUACAUCCUCCGAGCUCUCGGUCAGAUUAUGCUGUACGUGGAUGGGAUGAACGGCCUCAUAUCUCAUAAUGAAACAGUCCAGUGGCUUUACACCCUUGUUGGAUCCAAGUUUCGUCUGGUGGUGAAGACGGCGCUGAAGCUGCUGCUGGUGUUUGUGGAGUACACAGAAUCCAACGCCGCGCUGCUCAUCAAGGCUGUGAACGCCGUGGAUGCCAAACUAGGGACUAAACUGUGGUCAAACGUGAUGGAGAUCCUUGAUGAAAAGGACGGAGUGGAUACGGAGCUGCUGGUCUACGCAAUGACACUUGUUAACAAGACUCUAGCGGGCCUCCCAGACCAGGACUCCUACUACGACAUGGUGGACUGUCUGGAGGAGCAGGGCGUCGAAGCCCUGGCACAGAGACACCUGAGCAGGAAGGGCACCGACCUGGACCUCAUCGAGCAGAUCAACAUCUACGAGGCGACGCUCCGCCACGAGGACGGUGACGGCGAAGCCCAGCUGCCUCCCAGCGGCCGGAAGGACCGCCGGCGGGCCAGCGUCGGCGGCACCAGCGAGAAGCGCGGCCUGGAGAGACGACGCAGCCGGAGGCACUCGCUGCAGAGCUGCAGAGGCCACGCGUCCGCCCCCGCGUCGCCCAGCAACGCGCACCCGGGCAGCUUCCUGCCGCUCGGAGGCCAACGGGUGGAAGACAUCAGCGAAAGAGAUGAGGAGGAGGAGGAGGAGGAAGAAGAGGAGGAGGAGGAGGGAGAGGAGGAGGAGGACGAGGAUGAGGAAGAGGCUGAUGAUGGAAGUCAUUCAGUCGCUGAGUCCUCUAGACAGGGAGCUCCCAGUCUGACUGAUACAAACAACUCUUCUACAUCUUACACAACUAGAAAGCCCUGCUGGGCUGAAAGAAUCAGCGCCAGCGGGAGUCCAUACCCUGGCAGACACCCGGCUGCUUCAUCACCCACCCAUCACUUUACUAGUUCAACCACGUUCACGCCAGAUUCCAAAGCCGACAGACCUGCUUUGGGAGGAUUGCUAACUUCAUCAUACAGACAGCACCAGGAGUCACUGGCAGCAGAGAGAGAGCGCAGACGUCUGGAAAGAGAAGAACGCCUGCAGAGGAUUGAGAGAGAAGAGAGGAACCGCUUCAAUCGAGAUUACGCAGACAAGCGAGAAGAAGCACGACAAGCCAGAGAGGAGAGGUACAAGGCGGCGGAGCGACUCGCUGCGGAGGAACUCCAGCGGGAGCAGCCCAGGCCGCCGACGAGAGGACGCACGGAGAUCACCCUGUGUUUGAGUUCCAACCCUGCCGGUCGCUCGGCGUCCCGCUGUCCGACGCCCUCGUCCGUCCCGUCGCAGGAAGAGGCCGUCUCGGCCCCGCGCCAGACGCCAGGAACACGACAGAGUUCAGAGCCAGAUCUUGAUCAGAUCGGUACCAAACACUCGGCGCCAGAACCCGCCCCCACUCCUCCCCCGCAGCCGAACGAGCAGAAGCCCGAGACAGCGCCACCUCUGGAGACGGGGAGUGUCGCUGAGACGCAGCGAGACCAAAAUGUGGCGACAGGUUCGGAGGGACGAGAGCAGGAGGAGCCGGAGAAGCAGGAGCAGCGCCUGGACGGGGUGGCAGCACUCGCGCAGGUGGAGGAUGCGGAGGUAGAUGAGGUUGUGGUGGAGGUUGGAGAUUCAGACGCGCAGGCGGAUGUUGAGUUGGAGGAGGAACCCGAGAAGGAGCGGCCGACGGACAGGGACGUGGAAGACAGUGUGCUGCUGAGCGAGAAAGAGAGACAGAAUGAGGAAGUGAACGAGAAGGACAACUGCUCCGCGUCCAGCAUCUCGUCCACAAGCAGCACUCUGGAGAGGGAGGAGCGAGAGGAGAAGCUCACGAAGGACACUGAAGGCGGCCCAUGGACUCAGGGCGUCAAAGACACCAAUGUGAACGAGGAGUGCAACAAAAUUCUCCACAGCAAGCGCUUCAUGCUGGACAUGCUCUAUGCUCAGACCACUGACAGGGACCAAGGGGCCGUAGCAGAGCCAGAGCAGGAAAACUGGCCAUGUGAGAAGGAGACGGAGGGCAGUGACUCGCCCGUGUCAUGCUUGGCCAGCAGGAUCUCCACACUGGAAGCUCACAGACAGGCCAAAGAGGAAACUGUGAAAAAACUGGAAGUGGGCCACCUGGACAACCACGGCAGCGUCCGAGCGGUGGCAGAGAGGUUUGGAGAUUUGGUCAAAGGCCUAACGGCUGCUGCUGAGGUGGAGGCCUCCAAGGAGCAACAGCCGCCGUCAGCCGCCGCUUCAUCGGCUCUGCCGCCCAAAAAGGAGUCGGAUUACAUCUGGGAUCAGCUGAUGGCGGCUCCCCGGGAGCUCCGGAUCAAGGAGAUGGACUUCACGGACCUAAGAGAUGAGGACGACGUAGAUAUUUUGGAUAUGGACAGCAUGAUGCGUUCGAGUGACUUGAUACCACCGCCUCCCCCUCCACCGUGCAACCCUGCGCUGCCGCCACCACCGCCCUUGUUCAGGUGUCCCCCGCCUCCUCCCAUGCUUGGCAAAAUGAUGCCCCCACCCCCGCCCUUCAUGGCCCCGAUCCCCCCGCCCUCCCCGCAGCUGAAUCGGGGAGAGGUGCCUCUCUUCCAGAAGAAAAAGAAGACCAUCCGUCUCUUUUGGAACGAGGUGCGUCCUGUGGACUGGCAGUGUAAGAGCCACAAAUUCUGUAAGGAGUCUCUCUGGUCCAAACUUGAGCCAAUUAAAGUGGACACAUCCAAGCUGGAGCAGCUGUUCGAGUCCAAAUCCAAAGAGCUGCCUGUCACAAAGAAAGCAGCUGUUGACGGCAAACGACAAGAAAUCAUAGUGUUGGAUUCGAAACGCAGCAACGCCAUCAACAUCGGGCUGACCGUCUUACCCCCUCCACGCACCAUCAAGACCGCCAUCCUCAACUUCGACGAGUACGCACUAAACAAGGAAGGCAUCGAGAAAAUCUUGACAAUGAUCCCCACGGAGGAGGAGAAGCAGAGGAUCCAGGAGGCUCAGCUGGUGAACCCUGAUGUUCCCCUGGGGAGCGCCGAGCAGUUCCUGCUCACCCUGUCCUCCAUCACAGAGCUGUCUGCUCGCCUUCAGCUCUGGGCAUUUAAGAUGGACUAUGAACUCAUUGAGAAGGAAGUGGCGGAGCCUCUGCAAGACUUGAAGGAGGGGAUGGAUCAGUUAGAGAAGAACAACACGCUCCGCUACAUCUUGACCACACUGCUGACCAUUGGCAACUUCCUCAAUGGAUCUAAUGCUAAAGGCUUCGAGCUGAGCUACCUGGAGAAAGUCCCAGAGGUAAAGGACACCGUGCAUAAGCAGUCUCUGCUGCAUCACGCCUGCUCCAUCGUGGUUGAGAAGUUCCCAGACAGCACCGACCUCUACUCAGAGAUAGGAGCUAUCACUCGACUGACAAAGGUGGACUUUGACCAGCUUCAAGACAAUCUGGCCCAGAUGGAGCGAAGGUGCAAAGCAUCAUGGGAUCACCUCAAGGUCAUUGCGAAACAUGAGAUGAAACCGGCGCUGAAGCAAAAAAUGUCGGAAUUUCUUAAAGACUGCGCGGAAAGAAUCAUUAUUCUAAAAAUAGUACAUCGGAGAAUAAUCAACAGGUUUCAUGCCUUUCUGCUGUUCCUGGGCCAUCCUGUAUAUGCGGUGCGUGAGGUCAGCAUUCAUCGCUUUAGCAAGAUCCUGAGCGAAUUUGCCCUCGAGUAUCGCACAACACGAGAGCGUGUGCUACAGCAGAAACAGAAGAGGGCCAACCACCGGGAGAGGAACAAGACCAGGGGAAAAAUGAUAACAGAUAGCGAAGAUGACGAUGAUAGCGAGAGCGGUAAAUUUGGCAGUGCCGCCUCCGAUGCGCAGGACAGCCAGCCUCAGGGUAUCCAGUACGCUGAAGAUGCAGCCGAACAUGAGAACAUGAAGGCCGUGCUCAAGAGCAGUCUGCAGGGUGGAGAGAGCGGGACGUCCACGGUUCCAGGGCUCCGCACACGCACCAGAGGCAGCAGCAUCAGAGGGCGUGUGCCUUCGUGGUGCUCUGCCAAUGAUGACCCAGUGAACUGCACAGAUGACACCGCGGAUGAGAUCAUGGAAAGGAUUGUGAGGUCAGCUACUCAGGGGCCCAGCCAGCGGACGCAGCCUCGAGAGAGGAGGCGAUCCCGAGCCAACCGAAAAUCACUGAGGAGGACACUGAAGAAUGGACUGACAACAGAGGAGGCUAAUGCUCUGGGCUUGUCAAGCGGUUCAGAGAUGCAGGUGUGAGCUGGUCCAGGAUUAAGAUGCUGGAGGCCCUUUCACUGCCCCUCUAAUGCCUGCUUCCAACAUGGCAAAGCCACUCCUGUGCCGCCUAGCUGUGAUGAGUCGAACUCUUCAUUAUGCAUUCAGUUUACAUCGGCUUGAAAAAGCUGCUUCUCCUAGAGGGUGGAUAAAGGCAGGAACUGUCGAGCACCGAGAGCAGAAGCUGUGUGCUGCAUUCAAACCACUAAGCUUGGCUGUUGCUGGACUGAUGCUUUGGACCUACAAGCCUGAAUCGCAAUCAUGACCUUGCGUAUGUGCAAAAGUGUAUUUUUAAGGCAUCAAAAAACUUUGGCAGCACAAAUGCUUCAAUCCUCAGCCUUGACUGAAAGCAAGAAGCGAGUCCAAGAAGUGUGCUACAGGCGCUUAUUUCAUUAUUCCACGCUGUUUGCCUGGGGUUAGUGUUGGCCCUGCAGCUUUUGUGACGCGUUGAAUUGAAAGACAUUUCAUCUAUUGAAUAGAUGGCUUUGUGCAAAGGUUUAUUCUAUAUACUACUGUGGUAGUGGUGUUUCUAUUCGUUUUGCUCAAGAAGGUGCUCAAAUAAGGAACAAUUGCACUGGAUGUAAAAGUUGGACAUCAAUGGAAUGUGAAACCCUCGACGCUGAUGAACCACUGACAACAGUGGUAAUCAACAGUUUAACCAGCAAUUCAACAGUAGCACAGUUUUUACAUCUUAAUUAAAGCAGACAGAUUCGAGCCAGGUUAAUUGGUUUUACUUGCAGGAACAGUGCAAAUAAGUUCACAGAUUCCACAUUUUAUUGGCUGUGGGUCAGACUGGUGAUGCCACUUAUUUCAGGCUAAUUUUAGGCAUCUAUUUUCACUUAUGGACUGAACACUUGCAGACAGUUUGAGGUUUGAGUUUGAGUUAUGCCGUUUGUUUUGUAGAAAGCAUGAGCUGCACAUUUCGGAGUGCCUUUCAGAGACAGUUAUUUAUUACGAUGUUUUCAGGGACUUGUAAUCAAGAAAUGUUAAUACAGAUGUGCAGUCCCUGAGGGGUAAGAAGAUAAUACUGCAAUCAUUCACGAGCUGUGAUUUAUGUUUAACCAGAGUUUUAAAAUCUGACCUGGUUAGAUUUUAGUGUAAUUUUCCAUGUUAUGUCUUAGACCAGAUAGGUUGUUAUAAAUGUAGCUUUGAAGUAUUUAUGACAACAUAGGGAUUCAAUAUGCACAGUAGCUGUAUCCUUUUGCCUUACUGUCAAAUAUGAAUUGAAGUUGCUCCACUCUAGCCGGGCAAUAUAACGGUUUAGAAUAGAACAGGUCAAAUGUAGUUAAGGCAUCAGUGUUGAUGUUGGUUUUGUCAUCUACAGACACAAAGUGUUCAUUCGUUAGUUGUCCACAAUUUAAAUAUGAUGCAAGUCUGUUUUUUAAGCUGUUAAUAAGUCUGGAACAUCCCUGGAAAAAAACACAUAAAUAAUAUAACUCAUAAAUUCAGAUUUAAGUUGCAAAAUUAAUCGUCUCACUUGCAAAUUUACACUGUGAUAAAAAUGUAAUUAUGGACAGAAACAAGAAUCUAGGUCAACAUUAUGAAGCUACACCAGCAGUAAUUUGUUUUGUUCGUUUGGUUUCGAAUUUACUGAAAACUGUUCAGCACCUUAGACUUAAUUGUAGCAUGUCACUUAGGACAGACGUUCUAAGUUUAGGGGCAGGAGCUCAUUGUUUGCUAAGUUACUAGUAAGUUAGUACUGAUUUGAGGAGAAUGUGUGUGAAGUAAUGUAGAGGAAUGCUGUAAAACAUUGUACAUGUCAUUACGCUGUCCUGUAUGUUCCUUGUUCUUUUUGCUCCAUCUGUAGAAUAGUGUAUUAUAGACUAAAGCAGUAUUAUUCUAAAUAUAAUUUAAGCAAACCAAGCCAUGCAUGGUUUACAGAGAGGGCAUCACCUCCGAUUGAUACAAAUGGAAGGUUCCUUUUUAUUUUGAGCUCUAAGGUUUGUUUGUGUGUAAUUAAACAGUUAACUUUACAGACUGAUCCAAUUUAUCAGCUACUCCUGUGGAAAAGCCUUAGAUUUCAUUGCAGUUAACCUUUUAAGUUUAGAACUUACCUUUUCCACCACACACACACUGCUGCCUGUGCCAUAACAUCUCUGUGGAACUUGGACACAAGUGCUAUCCAAACAAGGCUUCUGCUGUGUCCACGCCCACAGCAAAACGUAUUUAACAACCACAAUAAAAAGGCUCAUUAAACGCA